GCCGUGAGGGCCGUGCCGUGAUGGAUGGCCGUGAGGAGGGGGUAGUCGCCGUGCUCUUCUCCUGCCGCCGACGAGGGCCUGUCGGGGCGGGGACCGCUGAACACGUGGCUGGCAACGCUUAAUGAAGUAUACACAUUACUAAUGUCCAUCCUGCAGAGAAAUGAACUGUGAGAAAAUUCAAGCAAACAUGUUCCAACUGUUCAUACGAAGGAUUGCAUAAGUCACGCAUUGUGUUUCCACAAAACUUUCCCCACAAUUUGCUGCUGAUCAGCAUGUACUUCACUUACUUUCCUCCAAUUAAAAUUUGCAAACAGACAAGCUUUCCAGUGCUAACAGACUCGUGUGCUUUCCCAGAGAUUCAGAGCCACGUGUUCCGGGAAUGGCUGGGUACACCACGCUGAUACAAUAUAAAGGCAAGCUCAACCAAGUGGUUGGUACUAAAAUGAUAUGGGUGGCAGUCAUUGGUGAUUGGUUCAACCUCAUAUUUAAAUGGAUUUUAUUUGGCCAUCGUCCCUACUGGUGGGUGCAUGAAACAAUGAUUUAUCCCAAUCAGUCAAGCCCAUGCCUCGAACAGUUUCCCAUAACAUGUGAAACUGGACCAGGGAGUCCAUCUGGACAUGCCAUGGGAUCUUCCUGCGUCUGGUAUGUAAUGGUAACAGCAGCACUUAGCUACACUGUGAGGUGGAAAGAGAAAUCAGCAGUUACCCUUCACAGACUGACAUGGUCAUUACUCUGGACUAUUUUUUGGAUUAUCCAGAUCAGUGUGUGCAUCUCAAGAGUAUUCAUAGCAACACAUUUCCCUCAUCAAGUUAUUCUUGGAGUAUUUGCUGGAAUUGUUGUGGCAGAAGCAUUUGAGCAUACCCCUGCUAUUCAGACAGCAAGCUUGAGAAUGUACAUCAAGACAAACUUGUUUCUUUUCAUCUUUGCCCUUGGUUUUUACCUAGUCCUGAAGCUUCUUGAUAUUGACUUGCUGUGGUCUGUUCCAAAGGCCAAGAAGUGGUGUGCGAAUCCAGACUGGAUAAACAUUGACACAACUCCAUUUGCUGGACUGGUGAGAAAUUUAGGUGCAUUCUUUGGCUUAGGUAUUGGUAUUAAUUCUGAAAUGUUCAUCACCAGCUGCAAAGGUAAAAACAGCUGUAAGCUAAGUUUCCGCGUACUGUGUAUAGCUGCUUCGUUAGCUACACUACAGCUGUAUAAUUUUGUUAAGAUACCUACUCAUACUGAGUAUUUGUUCUACAUUCUCUCUUUUUGUAAGAGUGCAGCUAUGCCUCUGACUGUAGUCGCCUUGGUUCCAUACUGUGUCCACACGUUAAUGAGGACAACUGAUAAGAAAUGUAAUUAGGUAAGGUUUCCAAAUGGUUGCCAGUGCAAGGAUAUGAACUGUUCAAGACCCCUCCACAAAGACAGUUCUAACUCAUGUUAACCAAGGGGGAUGCCGCUGCACCUUUGAUGUGCUCCUGGUAAGUAGCCUGUAUAUCCCAAAUCAGUGCAUUCAAGAAUGGUUUUUGCGACUCAGAAAUAUUAAGUAGUUGCUGACUUUAUUCCUAGAAGCAUUGCAAUGAAGGUUGCUGCAGUAUGGUUUUCUAACGAUACUCCGAGUCAUGCUGAAGUUUUAAAGUAAAGUAUUAUUGGCUAGUUUUACUUAGCUACUUAGUCAUCUUUUAGUUCUGUCCAUUGCCAGCUAGAUGGUGCUUUGGGCCUCAGUGGUAUAUCGUGAUACACAAUAUUUAAUUUUUUUAUAUGUAGAUGUGUGUUGAACCGCUAGCUAAUGGUGUGACAGUAUUACACCACCUACAACUGUACAGCUGUCCCCGAGCACUGUGAAAAAGACCAAUGCAGUUAUCAGGAAGGUUUUCUAUAGGUUUAUCUUCUUGCGCUUCCUGAGCUAACAGCUUCUGCUUAAGCCAGAUGCGAAAAAAAAAAUAAAAGAAAAUUUGUUCCAAUUAGACUCUGUAGAAUAUAUUGUUGCAUUACUGUGAUUUUUGUCAUUUUUACUUUUAAAAAUGAUCAUAUAAAUCAUGAAUGAUAAUGGUUACACCUUUGAUGUUGAAAAUACAUGAAUACGAUGUAGUAAA